GGCCCGUCUUCUCUUUCGUUCCGCCACCUCUUCGCACUCCGACGAAAAUAUCAAGUCCUAAGAUGGAGCGACCUUGACUGCAGAUAUCGAAACAGCCUUGGGACCUAUUGGUCAUGCGAACUACAUCGCGGGUGAUUUGAAUGACAUUUGCCAGGCAAUAGGAAGUGAACAGACGGUAGAGAUCAUCACGGGAGCCUAUAUUUACUUCAAGGUACACGAGGAAAUUUUCGUAUCUAAGCUCACUCUGCAGAUAGCGGUUAGACUCAACAUUCAAUAAUGAUAUCUCGGACAAACUCCAUCACGAUGUGAUUCAGAACCUCGAUGAAUUGAGCCUAGAAAGCUUCUACGAACCAUUGUGGGGCAUUGUGUAGGAGCUGGAUCCUCUGUGGUCCCCCACAAAACAUGGAGCUUCUGGCGCGCCCUGAAAAUUCCUCGCUCCAAAAUUUCCUAUACGGCAUUCUUUCCGAACUCUCUUUUGAAACGUCCAUCUACUCAGGUCUUUUGUGUUCCGUCCAGCUGGCAACGCUAUACAUCGGAUUAAUCGACAAAAUAACUUCGGAUAUCCUGGAGCUUCGUGGGUGCAGCAACGUCUGCCAGCACAGUGUAGUUUCCAUUCUUACUCACCACGAGGGUGUUCAGCCGAGCUGUACGCACGGGUUCAGCUCGGUUGAACCCGUGCAUACUCAAUUCCCGCAAUCCUCGUAGGAGAUCGCUGAUAGCAGUACUCCGGAUAUAUCUCGCUUCAUUCCCCUUUAAAAACACCGCUCGAACUCAUACUUCUAGCUUGCUGCAUCCCCUCUGACGCGGUCAGGACUAUCGACCAUGUUUUUCCGCGUGGCAUUUGCCCUGCUUCCUUUCAUCGGGAGAGCUCUCUCUCAACAAACGGCUGCUCCCUAUGUCGACCCAGACAACGGCAUCACCUUCUACGGACUAACCGAUGCAGUUCACCAUGUCACCUAUGGUAUCACCUUCCCUCCAGCUUCCCGAGGCUCGACCGAGUUCAUUGGCGAAAUCGUUGCCCCAAUCGACGCCAAGUGGGUUGGUUUUGCGCCUGGUGGUGCAAUGAUCAACAACCUGCUUCUCGUGGCAUGGGUUAACAAUGGACAGAUUGUACGUUCCAACCGGAAGGCUACUGACUAUUUACAGCCAAUAGCUUACCAAGGGCCCAUCCUCACCGAUCUCCCUUCAACGAAAGUCAAUUCAACACACUGGAAAUGGGUUUAUCGGUGCCAGAACUGUACAGUGUGGGACACCGGAAGUAUCGACACCAACAGCGGUGGUCCUACAGGCUGGGCAUAUUCGAGUGUUGGCGUCGACAAUCCCGCUGAUCCCCAGAGUACUUUCCUGGAACAUACCGAUUUCUCGCUUUAUGGAAGGAACUUCGCCGACGCUCAUGCAUCUGCCGACGACUACGAUCGCUGGGCUGCUGGAGGAACCGGUGGCGGCAGUGGAACCACUACUCCUACAACUACUACAACCACUACCCAAGGCCCAAUCACCAGCGGAAUACCGUACGAUUACGUCGUUGUAGGAGCUGGACCGGCGGGAAUCAUCACUGCCGAUCGUCUCUCGGAAGCGGGUAAAAAGGUUCUUUUGGUUGAACGUGGCGGUCCGAGUACUUGGGAAACCGGUGGUACAUACGGUCCCGAUUGGCUCAAAGGUUCACAGUUGACUAAAUUCGAUGUUCCCGGAUUGUUCGAGUCCAUGUUUUCGGAUAGUAACUCAUUCUGGUGGUGCAAAGAUAUCAAUGUUUUCGCGGGUUGCCUUGUUGGCGGUGGAACCUCGAUCAAUGGCGCACUUUACUGGUACCCACCCGACAUCGAUUUCUCGCCCUCUCAAGGAUGGCCUACGUCUUGGCAAAAUCAUCACACCUGGACUAAUAAAAUGAUAGCGAGAUUGCCAGCCACCGAUCAUCCUUCUACUGACGGGAAAAGGUAUCUAGAGCAGGUGUUUGAUGUCGUCUCGACUCUGCUUAAAGGCCAAAGCUAUCAACAAAUCACGAUCAACGACAACCCUGAUUACAAGGAUCAUGUCUUUGGUUACAGUGCUUACGAUUUUGUCGGUGGUAAACGAGGCGGACCUGUUGCUACAUAUCUUCGCACAGCCAAAGCCCGAAAGAACUUUACAAUGAAAAUGUACACGAUGGUGACUGGUGUGGUUCGUAAAGGAUCGACCAUAACUGGCGUUCGAACGAACGAUACAUCGUUGGGUCCUGAUGGUGUAAUACCUCUGAACCCGAAAGGACGUGUCAUUCUCUCUGGAGGAUCAUUCGGUUCCCCUCGUAUUCUCUUCCAGUCGGGAAUAGGUCCAACAGACAUGUUGAACAUCGUCAAGGCUGAUCCAACGCAGGGACCUCGUAUGCCAGCUCAGAGCGCUUGGAUCAACUUACCAGUCGGUGAGAAUGUGUCGGAUAACCCCUCAAUCAACCUCGUGUUUACCCAUCCGUCCGUCGACGCAUACGAUAACUGGGCCAACAUUCAAACGAACCCAAGGUCAGCAGAUACCAAGCAAUACCUUGCAAGUCAAUCCGGUGUUUUCGCUCAGGCAUCACCGAGGCUUAACUUCUGGAGAGCUUAUGCCGGGUCGGAUCAAAAGACUAGAUAUCUGCAAGGAACAGCCCGUCCCGGAGCUGCAUCAUGGAACACCACUUUCCCUUUCAAUCAAACUCAAAUUUUCACUAUUACGGCGUACCUAUCUACUGGUAUCACCUCUCGAGGAAGAAUCGGUAUCGACGCUGCCGUUCAACCCAGGGUGCUCACCAACCCGUGGUUCGAAGACCCAGUGGAUAAGGCAGUGUUGAUUCAAGGGCUCAAAGAUAUUGUCAGCAAUAUAAAAAGCGUGCCCGGAAUGACUAUGAUAACCCCGGACAACCAGACCACUAUAGAUGCUUAUGGUGAGUCCCGCUGGAACUGUCAAACUUCUGACGAUCCAACGCUAAACACACAACGAUGAAUCUAGUCAACAAUUACCCCGUCGCCGACAUGAAUUCUAACCACUGGGUCGGCCCAUGUUCCAUAGGGAACAGUCAGAGUAACGCAGUUGUAGAUCAGAACACGAAAGUGUUCGGGACCGAUAAUCUGUUCGUUCUUGAUGCGUCGAUCCUCCCUGCUAUACCGAUGGGUAACCCUCAUGGGGCUAUCAUGGCUGCAGCAGAACAAGGCGUGGCAAAGAUACUGGCUUUGUCUGGUGGGCCUUGAGGCUUGAGGACUUGUUAGUGAGCUUUGGGGUAUGGGGAAUAAUUUAUACCAAACUCAGUAUUAGUACAUAUGUAGGCGGCGAAUCGCAAAUGAAACAACCCGGACGAGGGGUUAUCUAAUAUCCACCAUCCUAAGCUACGAUUAUUUGUAGACUACCC